CCAGUUAACAAAGCAUUAUCUCCACCCACAGAAGUUGUGCAUCCCCCGCCACCCACACCACCAACACAGACAGUGGAGAACUCCGGGAGGGAAGCGGAAGAAGCCAAUCAUCGACCUGUUCCUCCAGCUCCGGCUGCCGAGCCGUCACCGCCGGCUCCCGCUCCAGCACCAUCUGUGAUGAUGAUGAUGGAUUCCGGACCGGUCGCUGUUUGUUUGUACAACUAUACUGCCGGUGAGGGUCUAGAUUGA